AUGGAAGCCUCUGUACCCUUUCAAGUUCCCGUUUUUGGAGAGAACACUGAACAAAAGAAACGCAGAACCUCCGAAAACAAAAAGCCUAAAGAGAUAAGGAAGCAAGACAAGAUAAAUAAGAACAAGAUAAUUAAGAAACCAUAUAAGCUGAAGAAGCACAAAAAGAACAUGAACAAAAUAAGAGCUGGUAUCGCAGACAAUGAUGCUGUAGAGCACAGAGGGAGAUAUGGAGGAGGAGGCAACACUUGCGAGGAGACGGGCGGACGGUGUCACCCCAAGAAUUACAAGUGUAAGACGAGUAAAGCCAAGGGAUGCGCAAGAGGAGAAAAAUGCUGUGCAGGUUGUCCGGCACACCACGGUGGCAUGGUGGGUCCCCCGGGUCCCCCAGGUCCUCCUGGUAAACCUGGAUCUGAUGGACACGAUGGUAAGCCAGGCCUUAACGGUCUUGCUGGUCCUGCAGGUUCUGUCGGUCCUACUGGCCCUUCCGGCAUGCCAGGCCAAGAUGGUCAUCCCGGUCUAAAUGGCGCCCAAGGCAUGAAAGGCAAUCCCGGUGAUGAAGGCACUCCUGGUAUUAAGGGUUUACCCGGAAUGACAGGUGAUCCUGGUGAGAAAGGUUCACCCGGAUCUCCAGGUGUUAAUGGCACUAACGGCAUUGAUGGAAAAGCAGGUCCUCCAGGUGCUGAAGGUCAUCCAGGAUCUCCAGGGCCUCCAGGUAUUGCAGGUUCAAUAGGACCAGCAGGAUCUGCAGGACCCCCAGGUCCCUCAGGGCCUCCGGGACUUGCAGGAUCAAUGGGCCCUGAAGGACCUCAAGGACCAAUGGGAUCAAAAGGAAAUCCUGGAAACCCUGGACCUCCAGGAGCUACUGGACCUUCAGGACCAACAGGAGCUAAAGGGGACACAGGAAACCAAGGACCUCCAGGAUUUAACGGAUCUCCAGGUCCACCAGGACCUCCAGGGUCUAAUGGUUAUCCAGGUAGUCCAGGACCCGAAGGAGCUACAGGCCCACCAGGUCCAACAGGACCUAAAGGAGAACCAGGAAAAUAUAAAAAGGAAAGUGAAUGGUAA